AUGAAUAAUGGAUUAUCACAUCAUCCUUUAGAAUUAAUUCUUACUAUUGUUAUUGUUAUUCCUUUAAUUUAUAAAAAGAUGGGGUAUUUCAACUUUAAUUGGACAAUUACAUCUAUUGUUUAUAAUACCUCAUUCAGUUUUUUCUUCUCAUCAAUAUUAAUUAUCCUUCCUACAAUUAUGUUGAUUGUUAUCUUUACAAUUAUUAUUAUGUUAAUAUUUCAUAGUAUCAUUUCAUUAAAUCUAAUAGGAUAUCCAGGCAUUACACCACCAAUGGGUUUUGUUGCAAGUGUUUUAUUAAUGAUAUUUUCUAAUAUGUUUUAUUAUAUCUUUGAGUCAAUAAUUACAAUGUUCCUCUCAGCUACUGUUUCAUAUAAAUUACAUGAAAACAAAGGGCUUCAUCCAAUAGAAGCAUUAAUCAAAACAUUUUCAUAUCGUUUGGGAUCAGCAUCAUAUGCUAUUGAAUCUAGUUUUAUUUCAAAGGCAAUUUCAUUAUGCAAAUUACUGAUAAAGAUACCAAUUGGUACAACAUUUAUUGGAAUGAAAUUAAAAAAAUUUAUUGAAGAAAAUAAUUCAACACAAACAUCUAUUUCACCUUUUGUAUUUAUUGGAUAUUAUGGACAUACUUAUAUUCAUUCUAAAUGUGGACUAAAUGAAAAAAUUAAACAAAGUUCAAUGAGUAGUAUUUUUGAUGAAUUACAUUUAAAAGAAUUAAUUAAUAUCUUUGAAUCAAGUAUGUGUGGAUUAGUCAUGACUCUUGUUCUUCUUCUUUCCUUCAUAUAUUAUGGUGGGAGU